AUGGGAGGAGGGGAAGAGGUGAAGAAAGAGGUCAACAUGUCACAGUUGGCUGGUGUUCAGUUUCUUCUCUCCAAUGAAGGAAAGGAAGUACCUCUGUCCUCCAUUGAAGGGAAGACAACCUGCCUCUUCUUCUCAGCUCACUGGUGCAGGCCAUGCAGGAACUUCACCCCAAAUCUUGUCCAGAUCUACACGGCGCUCCAGAACACCGGCAAGAAUAUUGAAAUAAUCUUCAUAUCACUGGACCGUGACGACGCAAGCUUCUGGGAUCACUUCAAAGGCAUGCCGUGGCUUGCGUUACCAUUUGACACUGGCUUAAGGCAGAAGUUGUGUGCACACUUUGGCAUUGAGCAUAUCCCAGCAUUGAUCCCUUUGUCAGCAACGCCAUCCAGUGGGGUGGGAUUUGAAGAGGAUGCAGUGAAGCUGGUUGAUGAGUAUGGAGAAGAUGCAUACCCCUUCAGUGCACAGAGGAGAAGGGAGCUGGAGGCCAUGGAUGAUGCCAGGAGAAAAGGAGGUAAGCUUCAGGAGCUUCUUGGCUGCAAGGAGAGAGACUAUGUCAUAAGUGCAGAUGACAUAAAGAUUCCUAUAGCUGACCUUACUGGCAAGACAGUCGGCCUGUAUUUUGGAGCACAUUGGUGCCCACCUUGCCAUGUCUUCACCAAACAACUCAAGGAGGUUUAUAAUGAGCUGAAAAUCUUGAAACCUGGAAGCUUCGAGGUCAUCUUCAUUUCUAUAGACCGCAAUAAGGGGGAAUUCCAAGCAAGCAUGAGUUCAAUGCCAUGGCUUGCCAUCCCUUAUUCUGACACUGCCAGGCAAAAGCUUACAAGAAUCUUCACUGUCAAGGGCAUCCCAGGACUCCUGAUACUUGGUUUGGAUGGUAAAGUUCUAAAAACAGAUGGCAGGACAGCAAUAUCAACUUAUGGUGCAACAGCAUUCCCAUUCACAGAAUCUAGAGUUUCUGAAGUGGAUGAAGCACUCAGAAAGGAAGGAGACAAUCUGCCUCGUCAAGUGAAUGAUCCAAGACACAGACACGUGCUUGAGUUGGACAUGGCUAAGGCCUAUGUUUGUGAUGAAUGCCAGAAGAAGGGGAGGUAUUGGGUGUUCUCUUGUAAGCAGUGCAACUUUGAUCUUCAUCCCUCUUGUGUAUUAGAAAAUAAAGUAGACAUCAUUAAGAUAUGUAUAUAG